CCCGCCAUUUUUCACUAAUAAAGAGUGGAGGGGGACCUGUCAGUUGAAUUUAAAGACACUACUGUAUUUAUCACGCAAAUAGAAAUAACCUAGUUAUUUAUCAAACGUAUUUACAACGUGAUACCUCAUAAUAAAUAAAAAAAAGGUUUAUUUAUUUACAAAAAUUAUUUUUAAUUAUAAAUCUCCACCUCAAAGAUGAACGAACUAACACUACCUCCAUCUCCAAACUGGUACAUGACCUCAAUAAUGUCCUGUUCAACCGACAACACAGUAGCUUGGGGCUCCAAGAACAUGCUGAUAAUCUCCCAGCCUCCAAAGCUCAACCUCAAAUCAUUCGACUACUCAAUAAUAACCGACGCACAUACCGACCGCGUGACCUCAGUGUCAUUUUGCCCCGACUACUCUUCAAAGAAACGCCUAUUACUCUCAGGAGGCGACGAGAGUAUCAUCAGAGUCUGGGACAUCGAAACCCUGAGCGCAGUCCAGUCCCAGUCCUACUUAGACAGCAAGCAAAAAGUAACCGGAGUCGACUGGUCCCCAAGCGACCCUUCUCAAGUCUGCUCCGUGAGCGCCGACGGAACAAUCCUCUCCUGGAACAUCGGCUUCAACGCCUGCCAAUUUAUCACCCUAGGCAAAAUGACCGCCACUUGCAUAAAAUACUGCCCCCAUAAAUCAAACAGCGUCGCAGUUGGCGCCAAAGCUGGCCUGGUUUACAUAAUAAACCUCCAAGGCUCCGGAACAAUUACCUACAAGCUCCGCGGGCAUGAUACUGAAAUCACAAGUCUCUCUUGGUGUCCUACAAGUGUUAACAUAUUUACCGAAAAUAAUCCCGAAGAUUUUCUACUAGCUUCAGGGGCUAAAGACAAGUCAGUGUUCAUUUGGCGAGCUGGUGGAGACGGUAGGUACGAAUUUCAAUUAACUCUUCCUUCCGCGCCCCAAGAUUCAAACCAACAUCGCUCAAAACUAAGCAGUGGUUACUUCACAGCUUUGUGUUGGCUAGAACCCAAUUUAUUACUCGCUAAUUCUCCUUUUGGGGAGCUUUUAGCGGUAGAUUUAAAUUCAACCAAAAAAUCCUGGCGCUUAAUUCACGGCCACCACUAUCGCGGUCUAUUUUCUAUCACCAGUGUCCCAAUUAUUGUCAACAAUCUCCAAGAAAACUGGAGAACACCCCUUAGUCCACGAAUUGUCUGGACCAGCGCUCAAGACCGCCAAGUAAUUAGCAGUAGCUUAGAAAACAAUCAAUCUAUAAUCCAACAAAGCGUUCCAACUCAGGGUGGUUUUAUUUACUGCCUAUCCGCGUGUCCUCUAGAAACUUCAUUAAUAGCUUACGGAUCCGGUGACAUGGCUAUAAGACUCUGGAAUCUUACAGAACCUCAUGAUAAUUUAAUUACCGUAACUUGUAUGUGGCAGAAAGUAAUGGGUAGAGUAACGGCCCUAGCUUGGCAUCCCACUGAAGAAAAUCUUCUUGCUUUUGGGACUGCUGAAGGCCGCGUUGGCAUGUUUGACACCAAUAAUCCCAAUAAGUUGCCCACUAUAUUCCGACAAUAUCACCGCAGGACUGUUUAUUCAUUAUCUUGGGCGCCAAAGCCCGGCUCUGAUAAAUACGGGCUCUAUUCUUGCGCAGAUAAUGAGCUAGUUUAUUUCAACCCUGAGAAAGUUAGCGAGGAACCUAAGAGUGUAGUCAAAAAAAACUGCACUGAGUUCGCUUGGAAGGCUGAUUUAAGCUGCCUUGCAAUUGGUUAUGAAGAUGGCUCUAUUUCUUUUAGAGAUCCUAAAGAGCUUAAAGCUUGUGGAAAGACAAUUUUUUUACUGAAAAAAGCGGUUCAGUGUAUUGUUUGGCAUCCUGAUAGUACUUUAACUGAUCUAGAGUUCUCUGCUAUGAGGAAUUAUAUGGCUGUUUCUACUAGUACUAAUAAAAUUACUAUUUUUGAUAUGACUAUUAUGGUUCAAGGCUUGAAUAGUUCUAAUGAAGAUAAAGAUGUGAAUUAUAAGGUUAUGGGUACUUUGAACGGACACUCGGAUCGUGUAAUAAGUUUAGCAUGGAAUCCUCAUAUAAGCGGUCAGCUUGUAAGUGGAAGCUAUGAUUCUACUGCUCAGGUUUGGAAUGUUGAAACUCAAGAAAUAAUUGCUACUUUUACGGGACAUAGAGGGCCUGUUUAUUCUUGUCUUUGGAGCCCGGUUGAUCCUGAUUUUAUUAUAACAGGUUCUGUGGACUUUAGUUUAAGAGUUUGGAAGGUUUCGAACCAAAAAAUUGUCUUGCCAAUUGUUACUGAGGUUAAAAAGAGCAAAAGUAAAAGCAAGAAGUCAAAAAAUAAUAAAAUAGUCAUUGAAAAAAAAGAAAAUGAUAUUGUUAAUAUUGAAAAUGGAUCUGAGGAGAGUCUUGUGUUAGAAAUUGAAAAACUCUCUGUUAAAUCGGAGAUUAAGGUGAGGGAUAAGAAAACUAAGAAGACUUUUUUACCCGUUUAUCGUAAGACGAUGAAUAAUAAAGAAGUUGCUUUGGAAAAUUGUCUUAAAAUAGCGGAAAAACUUAAAAAUUCAGAGACUAAAUCUUGUGAUAUUAAUGAUGAGAUACUUUCAGUUUUUGGAACUGAAGAAGAAAUAAUGUCGAUAAUUAAAAAUGAACUAAUAACAUUUACUAGCCAAGGGCAACACACAAUGGCAACAGAAUUGAGUUUAUGGACUGGAGAUUUGAAAGAGCAGUUACAAACUGCAGCUAAAGAAAGAAGGCUGAAUGAUUUUAUGGUAUCUUUGUCUCCAAUGGUGUCUAUGAAUACUUGGAAAGAAAUGUGUGAAGCUUACGCAACUCAAUUGCAAUUAGAAUCAAAUGUAACAAAAGCAGUGGCUUAUUUUUUGAUCAUCCACAAAAUUUACCGAGCAAUUGAAGUGUUUAUGGAGGCGAAGAUGUAUAGAGAAGCUUACAUUCUAGCUCGCUGUAAAUUAGACAGCAAAGAUAAGAAAGUAAAAGAAGUUCUUGAAGCUUGGGAGGGUCAGGCUGCCAAAUCUGGGAUUUAUGAAGACGCAGCGCAGUGUUCUAUUGCUCUAGGAGACUUAGUUAGAGCUGCUCAAUUCCUCGCUAAGAGAAAGGAUGUUUUGAAUUUAAAAACAGCUGCUAAAAUAGCGCUUCUUGCGGAAGAUUCCGCGCUAGCUAAAUCUUUAGCUGACCAAGCUGUGGUUGAAUAUCUGCUAAAGUCUAAUUAUUUGUUGGCUAGAGAUUUAAUUGGAGAGUUUCCAGCGGUUGAGUAUCGGUUGGUUCAUUUAGUAGCUUUGGAGGAAAUUAAUAAAGGGUUAAAUAUGAUUGACGACGCGUUUGUUCGCUCAUGGAUUGAAGGAGAGACUCAGUAUGAUUUGUUAAGUGUUUUAAAGGAGAGUAGUAAAGAUUUUAAUUGUCUAGAAGCGUAUGAUAAGCUUGUAAAUAUUACUUACCCAGAUUUUCUGCAAGAUGAUCCUAAUUUUUGGUUGUCUGCUAGCCAUAACUUCGCUCUUGCUGCUGCUAGUAGUGAGGAACAUCAGCUUCAUCACAUUGUAAAGACUCUCGGGAUGAUUGCUCAGUAUGAAAUACUGAAAUCUAAAAAUGAACUGGGUGUUAGUUACUUGUUAAGGUUGUUGGUUUUAUUACCCUUGAAUAUAGGCUUUAAUAAUGAUAAUGAUAAUGAUAAACCUAUUUACAAAAGCUAUCGAGCUUACUUGUGUUUUGCGCUUACUUCUUGGGUAUUGGAAAGAAUUAAUUCUGAUGAAUUGAAUGUUGAUAAAAUUAUAUGUGUUAUUAAAAAGUGCUUGGAAGAUGUUCUGGAUAAGGAGGUGGUCAAAUUCUGGACAGUAACUGCAGAAAUUACGAAAUUAGAAAAGUUACUUACGGCUGCCAUUGGAAGAAAAGAUGAAGCUGAGGAAGUUGAGCUUGUGGAGAAGUUGAAUAAUAUUCGGAGUGAGAGAAAGAAGUUUGUUGAAGAAAGGAGAUGUGUUCCUAAUCCAGUUGUCUUUUAUAGCAAGGUUAAUGAGUUGGCAAGUCUUCUAGAGGAUUCUGAGUUUAAAAAUACUGUUACUGCACUCUGGAGCAAAGCGAUGGCUUAAUUGUUUUUGUAAUGAUUUAUAAAAAUAAGGAAUUUUUUUUUAUACUUUUUUUUUUGUUACAGUUGACUUAAUAAUGUAAAUAAAAUAAUUAUUAAAACAAUCCCAUUUAUGGUUUUUGAAUAUGGGAAAUUUUUUUGUAAUAAUUUUUUCAAUAAAAAACAAUGACACUGAA